GCCAGGCUCAGUGCAGCCGGGCCGGCCCCGCAGGAGGAUGUUUCAGGAACCUACGAUGAACUCCCUUUUCCUGUUCCUUUUUCUGAGCCAUGGAGUGGCAAGUCAUAGAGUUCCAAAUUCCAGGCAGGAUUUGCAUCCGUUGUUGCAAAAAAUGGCGGAAGAAAUAAUAGAUGGAAGCUAUCUGAAUGCCUUGCUGGAUCUCAUACAGUUUCAGAGCUCCCACGUGUGGACGGCAGACCUGUCGCACAGAGUCCUGGCCUAUCUGAAUUCACGGAAUGUAGCCUUCACCAUCGCCAGCCUGCAGGCAGCCAUGGAAAAUCACCUGGAGCAGCGUUUGUACCAGCCCCAGAAGCUGCUGGAGGACCUGAGGAAAGCAGAUGCUCAGCAAUUCCACACUGCCAUGAAAUGCCUCUUAGAAGACAAGCAGGACCGCUUGGACCUGAAGGACAUUGUCAUUGACUUGGGAGAGAUUCGGGAACAAGCCUUGCAGAGCCCUGGUGUGAACCGCAGCCUGUUUGUCAUCACGCUGGAGAGGUGUUUCCAGGUGUUGAACUCCCUGGAGUGCGUGGAGAUUCUGGGCAGGGUGCUGAGAGGGUCCUCAGGCAGCUUUCUCCAGCCAGACAUCACAGAGAGGCUCCCCCGGGACCUGCGCGAGGAUGCCUUUAAGAACCUAUCUGCAGUGUUCAAAGAUCUCUAUGACCAAACCUCGGCUCAUUCCCAGAGAGCACUGUACUCCUGGAUGACUGGGAUUUUACAGACAUCCGCCAAUGCCACUGAUGACUCUGUUUCAUGGGUCAGCGCAGAAAACUUAUGGAUUUUGGGCAGAUAUAUGGUUCACCUAUCAUUUGAAGAAAUUAUGAAAAUUAGUCCUACAGAAAUUGGGCUGUUUAUCAGCUAUGACAAUGCCACCAAGCAGCUGGACACGGUUUAUGACAUCACACCUGAACUGGCCCAGGCGUUUCUGGAGAGGAUCGGCUCUUCCAGCUUUGACAUGAGGAAUACUUCCACCAUCCACAGGUUGGGGCUGCUGGUUUGUUUCUAUGAUGACCUGGAGCUGCUGGAUGCUGCUGUGGCCCAAGUCCUCCUUCACCAGAUGAUAAAGUGCGGCCACCUGAGGGGCUUCCAGGCUGGCGUUCAGAAGCUCAAAGCCGACCUCCUGGACAUUGCCAUAGAGAACCAGACCCUCAAUGAGACACUGGGAUCUUUGUCGGAUGCAGUUGUGGGUUUGACCUACAGUCAGCUGGAGUCCCUGUCCCCUGAGGCUGUGCACGGUGCCAUUUCCACCCUCAACCAGGUCUCUGGUUGGGCCAAGAGCCAGGUCAUCAUCUUGUCUGCCAAAUUCUUGGCCCACGAGAAGGUGCUGUCCUUCUACAAUGUCAGCCAGAUGGGUGUGCUGCUGGCUGGGGUUGGCACCCAGGCUUUCUAUGGCAUGGAUCGGAAGGACAUCUCACAGGUCCUAAGAAGCUCUCUCUCCCAGCACGUGUCUGAUUUGUCACCUGCCCAGCAGCAUGGUAUCCUCAGCAAGAUGAUCAAGGCAGGAGAUACUGCCUCUGGCAUUGUGGAGAUACAAGGGGCUUUCUUUAAGGAAGUGUCUCUCUUUGAUUUACGGAGGGAACCCGGGUUCAACUCUACAGUCCUGAAGGAAAAGGAGCUUCGGAGCAGCCAGGCCCUGUUCCUGUACGAGCUUCUGUCAAAGACAACCAGAAGGCCCGAGGAGCUUCUGAGCGCUGGGCAACUGGUCAAAGGCGUGACGUGCUCGGACAUUGAUGCCAUGAGCGCUGACUCCUUCUGGGCCCAUUUCCAGUAUUUUGAGAACAAUCUCUCCCUGCUUUCACCGUAUCAGGUUAAUUGUUUGGCGUGGAAAUACUGGGAAGUUUCCAGGACGUCUAUGCCACCUUUCCUCUUGGCGGCUCUCCCGGCCCGCUACCUGGCUUCUGUCCCAGCCUCCCAGUGUGUGCCCUUUCUGAUCAGCCUGGGGAAGACUCGGUUGGACUCCUUGGUUUUAGAUUCCCACAAAAAGAAUUCAGUCCUCAGGAAAGUGCAGCAGUGCCUGGACAGUUCCAUUGUCGAUGAGUACACCGUGGACAUUGUGGGGAAUCUGCUGUGCCACCUGCCAGUGACUUUCAUCGAUAGAGGGAUCUCCCCCAGGGCCUGGGCUGCUGCUCUGCACCGCCUCAGUGGCUGUCCAGACCUCAGCCCUGAGCAGAAGGCCUUGGUGAGACUCAGGCUCCUGGAACAGUACGGAGUCCCUCAGAACUGGACAGCUGAGACUACAAAGGACUUGGGACCCUUUCUAGUACUCUUCUCAGGAGAUGAAUUAAACUCUGUUGCCACAAAGUUUCCUGAUAUCCUUCAACAAACAGCUUCCAAUAUGGCUGGAACUUUGCCCCCUAAAGAAUUUCUCUGGGCUGUCUUUGAAUCUGUUCGGAACAGUAGUGAUGACAGGCGCAGCUCCGUCCCCAGCCCUGGUUGCCAUGGAGUCGUGGCUCCGUCUUCUGAUGACAUCUUCAAGUUGGCCGAAGCCAAUGCCUGCUGGAGCCCAGAGGAACUGCUCUGCAUGGAGGAUGAUGCGUUCACCAGGAGCGUGGAGCGGCUGGGGGCUGUCCAGGGUUUCAGCCAGCCUCAGCUGAUGGCCCUGAAGGAGAGGACAAUACAGGUGUGGGACAUGCCUUCUUGCUGGAGAGAAUACCAUAUCAUGUCCCUGGGGCGCAUUGCUCUGGCUCUUAAUGAGAGUGAGCUGGAGCAGCUGGACCUCGGCUCCAUAGACACUGUGGCUUCCCUAAGCCAGCAGACAGAAUGGUCCCCUGGACAGGCUAAAUCCAUUCUGCAAGGGUUCCUGGAUGAUUCAGACUAUAGUAUCCAGGAUCUGAAGAGUUUUCAUUUAGUAGGACUUGGUGCAACCCUGUGUGCUAUGAACAUCACUGAAAUCCCGCUUAUAAAGAUCUCAGAAUUCAGGGUGGUGGUGGCCAGAAUUGGGGCCCUACUCUGCAGCAUCCACGUCUUGGCUGAGUUUAAGAGGAAGGCAGAAGUUGUGUUUGGGGAUCCCACCAAGUGGACCAGCUCCAUCUUGCAGGAGCUUGGGACCAUUGCAGCUGGAUUAACUACAGCAGAGCUCCAAAUGCUCGACAAGGAUUUGAUGCCAUAUUUCCAGCCAUCAGCAAUAAAAUACCUUCCUGAUGAGAUAUUCAAAGAGCUGUCCGCAGAGCAAAUCGCCUCCCUGGGUCCCGAGAACGCCGCGGCGGUGACCCCCGCCCAGCGCCGGCAGCUCAGCACGUUACAGCUGCAGAGCCUCCAGCGGGCACUAGAUGGCGCCAAGUCUCACUCUCGCCUGGACGCGCCCGCCAGCGCCAGCCCCAGCCGGACCCCCUCGUCCCCGUCCCCGCCAGGAGCUCCCAUGUCAUGGGGCCUGUGGCUUGGCUGCUCCCUGAUGGUUCUCAUGGCCAAGCCCCUGUGGUGA